AUGUACGAGGACUCUUGGUAUAACUACAUACCAGAGCUCCAGCAGCAGCCGCCCCAGCCCCAGCACAGGAAGGCGCCGUCACAGACCUACGGGCACCGGCGGCGUGAGUCCCUGCUCCAGCAGCCAAUUGCCGUCGAGGACCUAGAGGAGCUGAUAGAGGAGGAUGACGAUGAUUCACCCCCCGAACCAGGCCUCUCGAGGCGAGCACGCUCGGUUUCCGACUUCCACGACAUCGUACGCGCUGAACAGCUUGCACAUGAGACCGCCAAGAAGAAAUUUAACAAGAAGAAAAGCCGGGCGCAGAGGCGGGACAGCAGCUUGGAUGCACUAGCACUGCCUGGAACAGAAGCCCUUCUCGACGGGGACGAUGUGCUGUACGACACCUUGGAGGAUGAGUUGUUGCUGGACGCAGGGCAGCAGGAAUACACCUUGUAUGGCGAGCAGCUGGCCAUGACGGAGCGGCACCUGGAGACGCUGAUCGGCGACACUAACAGUGCGCUGAAGCUGCUCGCCUCCCUCUCCGAGUCGUUCCGCGGCGUCGAGGAGCAGACCAGCACGUUCCAGUCGCAGUGCGAGGGUCUGCUGUCUGAACAGAGACGGCUGGAGACGCUGGCGGACGAGGUCGGUACUGACCUGCACUACUACGCAUACAUUGACAACGUCACGCGGCGCCUCAACGCUCCCGGCGCAGGCAGACAGGUAGAGGAUGAGUCGUUCGGCGAGACGCUGCAGAACCUGGAUGCCUGUAUCGCCUUCAUGGGGAAGAACCCUUCAUAUCGAGACUCUGAGUCCUAUCUGGCGCGCUACCAGGCCCUACUGACCAAGGCCCUGCACUUGCUCGAGGUGGGGCUGCAGAGCCGUCUCGACAGGGUGUCGGCGGACAUAUCAAGGCAGAUCGCGGGCACAAAGUCGGAGUCGGCCCGCCAUGCAUUGGCAUACGGCCGGUUCGAGGAGAUGAUGCUUGAUUCGUACUCGCUCAUCCCGAAUGUGCAGAAAGUGGUACACCAGGCCUAUGACCAGUCCGGCAAUGCCCUGUCCGGGACCAACUCCGAUAUCUACUCCAACACAGCGAAUAACAUCUUCCAGGCGUACAUCGCUGCCCGGGACCGCGACCUCAGGCCUAUCAUCCAGCAUGACCUGGAUAUCUUCAAGAAGGAGGCCAAAGACGCAUCCGUGGAAACGGCCUCCCGGAACUAUGUCAAGCAGUGCUUUGAGAGGUCCUUCAACGAGGCCAUGCUCUUCGCCAAGAUCUUUGCUGUCGAGCCACACUACAGCACAGACCCUAACUCGGCCUUCGUGACGCUCAAAUCACACCAGAGGGUCAUGGUUAACGCUACCAACGUCGUCCCGAUCGCCAACAGCCUACAGGGUGCGCUGCAGACGGCGAAGCUGCAGACGAUCUGCAACAUCCUGGGGUGGAUCACGAAUGAGUACCUCAUCUCGGAUUACGACGACGACGAGUCCGCCUUCACGAGACACUGCCAGGAGCUGGCGGCGAGGCUGCUGGCGGAGCACCUGUGGGUCUUUACAGACAGCGCGUUCGAGGCCGAGAUUGCCAAAUCCAUCUCGAAAGUCACCGUCCUGCCAGAUGCACUGAAAAUUGGGCCCGUCGUUGACGGUGUCGCGUCGUCCAAUGCGUAUCCACCUGUCAAACGAGCUCUGGAGCUGUUGGUCAUGUUUGACCAGUCCAUGCCCAAAGAGCGAUGUCAACGCAACAGCCCAGUGGUGUACAAGAUCGUCAAAGAGACGAUCCAGGUGCUACAGCGGGCAGAGGCCCGGAUCAAGACGACCAAAUCGGGGACCGAUCCGGACCUUUUUAUGCUCAAGAACCUCCUCAUCCUCAAGAACGAGCUGGUGUCGCUCGAGAUCGGCGACGUGCGCAAUCAGGAGUCCGACAUGCAGUACUUUGGCCAGAUCUGGAACAACCUAACGCCGCAGAACCUCGUGGGGUACGUCAGCAGCUUCAUCCCCGGCGCAGCCUCGCUGUGGUCCCGCAGCGGCGCCAACGCGUCCGCGCAGACGCCGCAGCUAGGUGGUGGGGGGCCCUCGGACCAUCAGGACGCGAGCGAGCAGCUGGACGACCUGCUGCGGCAGGCUAUUGGGGGCUUUACGCUGCGGUGGGCAGAGCUGCUGGGUGGCGAAGGCGGCGGGAGGAAGACGGCGGGCAAGAACCUGGUCAAGGUGGAGAGGGAGCUGGAAGAGAUGCUACAGAAUGCGUUCAGCAACCAGCCCGAGGUGAUUGGCAAGCUGAAGGAAGCCAUACAGAUGCACCAGCAGGUGCAGGCUCAAAAGCGAUAG